AUGUCCGCUCCGUUCCUCGACCACCUCGUCAUCCUCCUCCCCCACGCCGCCCUCAUCUCCCCGCCCGAAUGGCUCCGCUCCGCCUUCCACCUCUAUCCCGGCGGCCAGCACGCGGACAACCGCACCGCCAACACCCUCGUCCUCCUCCCGGACGGGACCUACCUCGAGCUCAUCGCCUUCCUGCCCCACGUCCCCCCCGACGACCGCGCCAGCCACCCCUGGGGCCGCGAGCCCGACGGCCACCUCGUCGACUACGCCCUCAGCCUAGCCGCGGGCCCCGCCAGCAGCGCCACGCCCGAGGCGCUCUUCGCGCCGAUCCGCCAACGCAUCGCGGCCGACGCGUCCGCGCCGCUGCGCUACCCCGCGCCCAAGACGGGCGGCCGCACGCAGAAGGACGGCACGGAGAUCAGGUGGGCGACCUCGUUCCCUGAGGCGGCGGCGCCGUCGGUGCCCUUUACGCGCGGCGAGCUGCCGUUCUGGUGCCUGGAUCGCACGGACCGGCGGCUGCGUGUGCCGUAUCACGAGCCCGGGAACGUGCGGCACCCGUCCGGCGCCAAGGGCGUCAGGGCCUUGGACGUGAGCGUUUCGUCGCGGGAGGCGCUGGAGGUCUACGCUCUUAUUCAGGGGGUGGAGGGGCGCCCGGACGAGGAUGGAUGGACGGUCUGGGACCUGGCGGCGCCGGAAGGUCCUCCGAGUGCGCUUCGCGUCAGGGUUCGGGAUGGGACAGCGGCCGGUGGGAAGGAGAAAAUCAAGUUGACGAUUUUGACCGAGCGGGGGACCGAGGCGAAGAGGAUUGGAGGCGAGAUUGCCGAAGGCGUCGAGCUCUGGAUUGACCUGGAGCCGGAGACGUAG